AAAGGAUAAUGCAAAAGUUAUUGUGCACCUUAACAUGAAUGAAAAGACAAUCGCUUUUUCAGUCAAUGGUACAAGAUAUCCACCAGUUGCAUCAUGGACUAAUCUCCCGUCAAAACUUUAUUUUGUUGCUUCAACAGUCACUCCGGGAAAAUUUAAGAUUUUGCGAUCAAAUAACAGUGUAUAUGAUUCCGUCUUAGCAUUUGUACUAAUAUUUGUAAUGAUAAUUUUACUGGGCUUCAACUUUAAAUAA